UGAAGAUGGAACAGAGAGAGCUGAGGGUCUUGCUUGAGCUCUGCAAGCCUUAUUUCCUACUAACCCUUUUCCAACUCUGCCUUGCAAUCCUCAUGUGUCUUACACAAUUACUUAACUCCAAAGGUAUCAGCGCCCUCACCCUCGUCGUCUAUGCAAACAUCGUUGCUACUCUUGUUUUUUCGCCUCUUGCCUUCUUCCUCGAAAAAGAUAGAAGGCCACCACUCUCUUUUAAGAUACUAUGCUAUGGCUUUGUUCUUGGAUUCUUACAGUUAAGGUACUGUUGUGUCAAAUGCUAUUGGCAGUAAGCCUGCAAAUAGUAGGAUCCACAUUCGAGACCGUUGCUUUGAACUUACAGACAGCUAUAAUCUUUGUUUUGGCAUUAAUUUUUAGACAAGAACAAUUCAGCUUUCAGAGUUUUAAUGGACAAGCCAAGAUACUUGGGGUGACCAUCUCUGUUUGUGGAGCUUUAAUAAUGGUUCUUUGGAAGGGGCCUGCGAUAAAAGAAUCGACUUUGUUAGCCAGUUCUCAAGCUUCUACUGGAAGAACUAUUGGCAGUUUCAUGGUCAUUGUUGCUGUAUUUUCAACUUCUUUCUGGAAUAUUUUGGUGGGGAUAAUGGUUACAGGACUCUGCUUCUAUGUGAUGACAUGGUGCAUACACAAGAAGGGCCCUGUAUUUACAUCAGCAUUCAACCCACUUCUCAUUGUUUUCUCUUUUCUUUCAGAGACAAUUGUAUAUAAAAACCCUGCACAUUGGGGAAGCAUUGUUGGAGUAGUACUGGUAGUUUCUGGUCUCUACCUACUUUUGUGGGCUAAAUCUAGAGAUACUGAGACAGAAAAGAUGAAUGAAGAUAGGCCCAUCAGCUCACCUUUGAUCCAAUGA